AUGGCUUCACAAUCUCCUCCUCACCCUGUUUCUGAUCGGCCUGCUGGCCUAUUUGAAGAAUAUGAGAGUGAAGUUAUCACCGAGACAACACAUCGCCCCGCCAGUUUAAACGGAAACCACUCUGCCAACGAUGGCGCAGAUGAUAGAUACGAAUCCGAUAAUGAAUCGGGAGCCAUGUAUGAAACAGUUAGGACGUGGUCACCACAGACCCGGCCGGAAUUGGUUCGAAUUGCCUCUGCCUUCUCGAGAAUAGAUUCUCAUCCUGAUGCCCCGUCUGCCACAGAGGACGGAGGCCGGUUGAAUCGACGUGACACUCUGGCUGGUGUCCAGAUUGGCGACCCUGUUCUCAACCCCACGAAGCCCGAAUUCGACUUCUACAAAUGGGCCCGUAUGUUUUUUUAUAUCAUGGAGAAGGAAGGGAUCAAGCAUAACAGAACUGGAGUCAUGUUUCGCAACCUUACCAUUUCAGGCUCUGGCUCUGCUGUACAAUAUCAAGACACCUUCCUCUCGCCAUUCGCCGCUCCAUUUCGUCCCGGCGAGCUCUGCGGGAAGGGUAGGAACCCCGAAAAGGUCAUACUACACGAUUUUAAUGGGGCAAUGCGUGAAGGAGAGCUUCUUAUGGUCCUAGGUAGACCUGGCAGUGGCUGUUCCACCUUUUUGAAAGCAAUCUGCGGUGAAUUACAUGGUCUUCAGAAGAGCAGAGAGUCCAUCAUCCACUACAACGGAGUCUCUCAGCGUACUUUCAAAAAGGAGCUUCGUGGCGAAGCUGUGUAUAGUGCUGAAGACGAGCACCAUUUCCCUCAUUUGACAGUUGGUCAGACUCUCAAUUUCGCCGCUGCUGCUCGCACGCCCUCUAAUAGAGUACUUGGAGUGAGUCGAAAGGACUUUUCAACGCAUUUAGCACAGGUGAUGAUGUCGGUAUUUGGCCUAAGCCACACAAAGAAUACAAAAGUCGGCGAUGACUACGUCCGUGGAGUGAGCGGUGGAGAGAGGAAGCGAGUUAGUAUUGCUGAAAUCGCACUCUCUGGUGCUCCAAUUUGCUGCUGGGAUAAUUCUACCCGAGGCCUUGAUUCAGCUACUGCCCUCGAAUUCACAAAGGCACUGAAGAUCAGCUCUCAAGUCGGCGGUAUUACUCAGUGCCUCGCAAUCUACCAGGCUAGUCAGGCCAUUUAUGACAUUUUCGACAAGGUGAUUGUGCUUUAUGAAGGACGUCAGAUCUACUUCGGCCCAACCAAGGCCGCAAAGCAAUACUUUGAGGAUAUGGGAUGGCAUUGCCCGCCUCGGCAGACAACUGCGGACUUCUUGACUUCCGUGACCAACCCCAAGGAGAGAAUAGCGAAGGAAGGGUUUGAGAACAGGACCCCGCGAACUGCAAUCGAAUUUGAACGAUACUGGAAACAGUCACAGAAUAAUAAGCUACUUUUGGCUGACAUGCAUCAUUUUGAGGCUGAAUAUGAGCCGGAAGAAGGCCAUCUCCAAGGCCUACGCGAAGCACACGAGCAGGCUCAAGCGAAACACACGUCGUCGAAAUCUCCUUACAGAAUCAGCGUUCCGAUGCAAGUAAGGCUAUGUACGGUUCGCGCAUACCAGCGCCUAUGGGGAGACAAGUCAUCUACAAUUUCGACUAAUAUCAGUCAAAUCAUGAUGGCUCUGAUUAUUGGCUCUCUUUUCUUCAAUACCCCUCAGACUACCGACGGCUUCUUCGCAAAGGGCUCCGUCAUUUUCUUUGCUAUUCUUCUUAACGGCCUGAUGUCAAUCACUGAAAUCAACGGAAGCCUUAGCUGGUAUUGUUGCAGAUAUACCCAUCAAGUUCCUCCUCGCCACGGCAUUCAAUGUCAUCAUAUAUUUCCUGGGAGGGCUGCAGAGGUCUGCAGCAAAGUUUUUCAUCUUCUUCCUGUUUACGUUUCUCACAAUUCUCGUUAUGUCGGCUAUAUUUCGCACAUUGGCUGCAGCGACCAAGAGCAUCCUUGGUUUAAGUGGAUUCGUUAUAUCAAUCCCAUUGCAUACGCUUAUGAAUCAUUACUCGUGAAUGAAGUCCACGGCAACCGCUAUACAUGUGCUACCCCCGUUCCUCCAUACGGGAGUGGAAAUAAUUUUGCAUGCCCUGUUGCUGGAGCUGUUCCUGGGGAAAUGUCGGUUUCGGGUGAUGCAUGGGUGCAGUCCAGCUAUGACUACAGUUACGCACAUAUUUGGAGGAAUUUAGGGAUUCUAUUGGGUUUCCUCAUAUUCUUCUAUUUUGUCUACUUGGUGGUUUCUGAGCUCAACUUAUCCAGUACUUCAUCCGCCGAGUUUCUGGUUUUUCGUCGAGGGCAUCUUCCCAAGAAUUUCCAGAGAUCAGAAGAUGAGGAGGCUGCUGCUGGAGGCAUUGUCCAUUCCAAUGACCCAGCUCAGGUACCUCCCAAAAACAGCAAUGGUGUUUCCGGAGAGACUGCUCGGGGCAGUUCUGCUGUUGCAGUUAUCCCACCGCAGAAUGAUAUAUUUACCUGGAGAAACGUCACGUAUGAUAUUACUAUUAAGGGGGAGCCUCGCCGGCUUCUAGAUAAUAUCUCAGGCUGGGUCCGUCCCGGAACACUAACUGCGCUGAUGGGAGUUUCGGGGGCGGGAAAGACUACCCUCCUCGAUGCAUUAGCGCAACGAACUACCACUGGUGUCAUCACAGGGGACAUGCUCGUAAAUGGGAAACCUUUGGACUCAUCCUUCCAGCGAAAAGCCGGAUACGUCCAGCAGCAAGAUCUUCAUUUAGAGACAACCACUGUCCGCGAAGCGCUUCGGUUUUCCGCAGACCUACGCCAACCCAAAUCUGUUUCAAGAAAAGAAAAGUAUGAUUAUGUUGAGGAUGUGAUAAAGAUGCUCAGCAUGGAAGAUUUCAGUGAAGCCGUGGUUGGUAAUCCAGGGGAAGGGCUUAACGUUGAACAACGCAAACUUCUUACGAUUGGGGUUGAGCUUGCAGCAAAGCCACAACUUCUGUUGUUUCUUGAUGAGCCUACAUCUGGACUUGACUCUCAGAGCUCUUGGUCCAUUGUUACGUUUCUACGAAAGCUUGCUGAUAAUGGGCAGGCAGUCCUCUCAACCAUUCACCAACCAUCGGGCAUCCUCUUCCAACAAUUCGAUCGUUUGCUCUUCUUAGCUAAGGGCGGAAGAACUGUUUAUUUCGGAGAUAUCGGCGAGAACUCAGAGACUUUGUUGAAUUAUUUUGCAACUCAUGGAGCGGAGCCCUGUGGCCCUAGUGAAAACCCGGCAGAGUAUAUGCUUAACAUUGUCGGCGCUGGGCCAAGUGGGCAAUCGAAAAUUGACUGGCCGACGGUAUGGAAAGAUAGUAACGAGAGUCAUCAGGUUCAACAAGAGCUUGACCGAAUUCAAUUAGAAACAAGCAAAAGGAACGAGGGCAGCGAUCAACCGUCUGAAAAAGAACCUAGCGAAUUUGCUAUGCCUUUUACCGCGCAGCUCUACUGCGUUACCACUCGGGUGUUCCAGCAGUACUGGAGAACACCUUCGUACAUCUGGGGCAAGCUGCUUCUAGGACUAGCAUCAGCCUUGUUCAUCGGUUUCUCAUUUUUCCUGCAGAAUACCUCUAUGGCAGGUCUUCAAAAUAGCUUGUUCUCCAUAUUCAUGUUGACAACAAUCUUCAGUUCCCUUGUCCAGCAGAUUAUGCCACGCUUUGUCACACAGCGAGAUCUUUUCGAAGUUCGAGAACGCCCCUCCCGUGCGUAUAGCUGGAAAAUAUUCUUGCUUGCAAACAUAAUAGUUGAAAUACCUUAUCAGAUUCUUCUUGGGAUAAUCGCUUGGGCUUCCCUCUUCUAUCCCACAUUUGGCGCCCAUCUUUCCUCCGAACAACAAGGCCUCUUCCUACUAUACUGUAUCCAAUUCUUCAUAUUCGCUUCCACGUUUGCGCAGAUGAUAAUCGCUGGAUUACCCGACGCUGAGACAGCUGGAGGGAUUGCAACGACUAUGUUCGGUCUAAUGGUUACAUUCAACGGAGUCCUCCAGAAACCCAACGCCCUGCCAGGAUUCUGGAGGUUCAUGUGGCGUGUAUCCCCCAUCACUUACACAGUUGGUGGGUUAGCAGCAACAACGCUACACUCCCGGGAAGUGAGGUGUGCACAGAACGAGUUGGCAGUCUUCGAUCCCCCAAGGGGAUCUACAUGUGCUCAAUAUCUUCAAGAAUUUGUGCAGGCAGGUGUUCCAGGAAGCCUUUACAAUCCGACAAGCAACAGCCAAUGCGAAUAUUGUCCACUAUCCAGUGGUGAUCAGUUCCUAGCGGGUUCCGAAAUAUACUGGAGUGACAGAUGGCGAAAUUUCGGUAUUGGAUGGGCGUAUAUCGUCUUCAAUAUAUGUGCCACCGUCGCUCUGUAUUACCUGAUCCGUGUGAGGAGGCCUUCUGGAAAGCCAAAGAGAGUAAUUAGUGUUAUGAUGUAUUAUCUUAGCAGGGCCGGAACAUACUGCCGGGCUGCAAUCACGGGCCGGAAGGAGAAAUUCCCUAAGAAGCGAGAGCAGAUUGGCAAGAUUUACUGA